CCUCGGUGCCUGCAACCCGCGCCUCCCGGGCCCGCGGGCGCCUCCUCUCUCGGCUCCGGAGCCCCAGACCCCGGCCACCCUCACCUCGACACCCCCAGACCCCAGCCAGCCGCCGCUAAUCUUCGCCGCUGGAAUCUUGAUAGAGGCUGUCCUUUUGGGGGGAUUCUGGUCUUUCGACAAUUUUGUUCCCAACCAAGGAGAGGAUAUCGUGAUUUUCUCCCCUUUGAGCCCAGGCUCUGCUCUGUGGGGGGGUGGGGGGCGCGCCGACCCGAGGAGUCGUGCCAGCCGAGUCGUGCGGGCUGUGGCAGGGAAGGGGCCACCAUGGGAUGUACUCUGAGCGCAGAGGAGAGAGCCGCCCUCGAGCGGAGCAAGGCGAUUGAGAAAAAUCUCAAAGAAGAUGGCAUCAGCGCCGCCAAAGACGUGAAAUUACUCCUGCUGGGGGCUGGAGAAUCAGGAAAAAGCACCAUUGUGAAGCAGAUGAAGAUCAUCCAUGAAGAUGGCUUCUCUGGAGAAGACGUAAAGCAGUACAAGCCUGUCGUCUACAGCAACACCAUCCAGUCUCUGGCAGCCAUUGUGCGGGCCAUGGAUACUCUGGGCGUGGAGUAUGGUGACAAGGAGAGGAAGGCAGACUCCAAGAUGGUGUGUGAUGUGGUGAGUCGCAUGGAGGACACUGAACCAUUCUCUGCAGAACUGCUUUCUUCCAUGAUGCGACUCUGGGGCGACUCGGGGAUCCAGGAGUGCUUCAACCGAUCUCGGGAGUAUCAGCUCAACGACUCUGCCAAAUACUACCUGGACAGCUUGGAUCGGAUUGGAGCCGCUGACUACCAGCCCACCGAGCAGGACAUCCUCCGAACCAGGGUCAAAACAACUGGCAUCGUAGAAACCCACUUCACCUUCAAGAACCUCCACUUCAGGCUGUUUGACGUUGGGGGCCAGCGAUCUGAACGCAAGAAGUGGAUCCACUGCUUCGAGGAUGUCACGGCCAUCAUCUUCUGUGUCGCACUCAGCGGCUAUGACCAGGUGCUCCACGAGGACGAAACCACGAACCGCAUGCACGAGUCUCUCAUGCUCUUCGACUCCAUCUGUAACAACAAGUUUUUCAUCGAUACCUCCAUCAUUCUCUUCCUCAACAAGAAAGACCUCUUUGGCGAGAAGAUUAAGAAGUCACCCUUGACCAUCUGCUUUCCUGAAUACCCAGGCUCCAACACCUAUGAAGACGCAGCUGCCUACAUCCAAACACAGUUUGAAAGCAAAAACCGCUCACCCAACAAAGAAAUUUACUGUCACAUGACUUGUGCCACAGACACGAAUAAUAUCCAGGUGGUAUUCGACGCCGUCACCGACAUCAUCAUUGCCAACAAUCUCCGGGGCUGUGGCUUGUACUGACCUCUUGUCCUGUAUAGCAACCUAUUUGGUAAUGAUUCCAGCACUCACAGAACAGCUUGUGUACACACACACACACACACACACACACACACCACUAACCAGUGCAAGUUGGUACAUAAAACUUUAAAAAGGCAUACCAUAACCUUACCUAUACACACGUAUAUAUUAGAAAAAUGUUUUUAGUUAAUAUUUAAAAGAGCUGCGGACAGAACUGACCACCAUCCCUAGCUCAUCAGUUUCCCUGGGACAGCACAUGAGCAUGCACACAUGUGCGUGCACACUCACACAGGGCAUGGUGGGAACCUGGGUUGGCACUCUUUCCUCUAGACAGCCCCAGGGCAUGAGCACGGCAGGCAGGGGGAGACCUGGUUCUGUCCAGCCUGUCCCCCUCUGUAUCCUACCAUGAGGCAGCCUGCUCAGUUCUGCCCUGCUCCUCCCCAAAUUUCAAAAACAUUUAAGAAAUGGCCAACACUAAACAUCCCCCUAUCAUAGCCACAACAGAAAACUCUAGGGACCCUUCUAUUUUGGGUGGUGGUGGUGAUUUAUUUCAAGAAUCUAGAAGAAUCAUUGCUCCGAUCAAUCCACUGUCUCCUGAGUUUUCUUUAUUCAUGGGAACAGAGGAAAAUUUAGAGAUGGGAGACCUGGUCUGCUUUCUCACGUAAUUGAGGGGAGGGAGUGCACGAGCCACUGCCCAAACUCAACUACAGAGUUAAAGCCAGAUUUCCUCCAAGAGGGCCCUGGACGAGGUGUGAGUGGUCUGGGGAGGGCUGGACAGGCCAGAAGCAAGGUACAAGACAGGGAUGGGCUUCCCUACUAAGGGCUCCCCACUGUGCCCCACCACCUGCACUAGUUAAAGGUUCUAGGUUGGUUUGUUGGUUGGUUGGUUUGUAAAGUCAAAGAAAAUGGUCAGACUGGCACCUAUCUCUCUCUCUACAGACUGCUUCAUGGACUCUUUGCUGUUGAUGUUGAUCUCCUGGUAGCAUGACCUUUGGCCUUUGUAAGACACACAGCCUUUCUGUACCAAGCCCCUGUCUAACCUACGACCCCAGAGUGACUGACGGCUGUGUAUUUCUGUAGAAUGCUGUAGAAUACGGUUUUAGUUGAGUCUUUACAUUUAGAACUUGAAAGGAUUUAAAAAAAAAAAACAUUUCUCAUGUGCUUUGUAGCUUUAAAAAGGAAAACUCACCAUUUCAUCCAUAUUUCCUUUUAUUUUGAAGUUAAAAAAAAAAAAAAAAAAAACCAUACACGUCAGUAACCACACCCUCCCCAUCCCAGCUUAAAUUGGGGCUGGCACACAGAGGCAGUGCUGGGCCCAGUACCUCCCAGGGCUUCUGUGCAGCCCAGGGCUGGUGAGAACUUGUCAGGCUAGGCUUUCUAGAAGGCCACUGGCCACUGUAACCACCCUCUCCCACGCCUGUCGGCUGCCCAGACACCUCAUACACCACCAGGCAGCAGCGGCAGCCCUACCCAGCCACCCAACUCCGAACACACUCACUCGAAGUUUGCAGUUUGCGUAGAAAAGCACAGCUCUGGCUGGCGGGGGUAGCUGCCACAGACAACGCUCAUCAAUAGAAACCCAGCCCCAUAGACGCACCUCGCCCGGCCCCUUCCUACGCUCCCUUUGUGUUGUUCUUUUUUGGUUUUUCUUCUCGUCCUAAAGAGUACUUCCCAUGCAUACCUGACCAGCUCUGCCAGUGUCUGGGGGACGGGGGUUGUGUGGUUUUGUUUUUUGUCUUUCCUUUAACAUCACAGCCUCUGGCCCUGGGCAGAAGCCCUCCCUUGUGUGUGGCCCCCUCUCCACCUCUCCUCUCUGUUCCAGUGACCUGUGUUCCCUUGCUCUCAUGUUGGGAUGUUUGUGCUGCAGAUAAAAAGAACAAAAAAAAUGAAUAAAUAAAAGUUUUUAAAUACCACAAGAUGGAAGAAAAACAAAAAAAAAAAUUAAAAGAUGGAAUGUAGUGUUUACAUUAAAGCCAGUUUUCAUGAUCAGUCCUACGUCAUUUCUACUUGACUAGUAUCCCCCAGACCUGUUCACGGUUUCACUUUUAAGACAAUAUUUGCUGAAGACCAGUCACAGCCAUUUCAAUAAAGGAGGCAAAAAGACAAAACACAAAAAAAUUAAAAAUACAGGAAAAAAAAACUUGAAAAAAAGGAAAAACGUUAAAAAAAAAAAUAAAAUAAAAAGCCCACGGGUCUUUGUAAGCCUUUCUAUUCCCAACGGUGAGGUUUGUGACACCUGACACUGCCAGCCUACUUCUCUAACGGAUUCAUGUGUAGCUCAAUAAAGAGAGUGUUUGUCUGUA